AUGACGAAAAAAACAUACCAAGAGGUUGUUCGAGGAAUUCGCACCUCGAAGUACCCUGCCAUGUAUAUAUCGGAAGUGCUUUCCGAGAUCCGACAAGAAAUUAAAGGAACCGACAGAACAGAUAAGGUCGUGAGUCUCCAGAAGCUGCUGUAUCUAAAUCUGAUUGGAUACACAUUCGAUUGGGCUGAAUUUCAAGUGAUCGAGGUGAUGAGUCAGCCUCUGUACAAAGAACGCCGUGUUGGAUAUCUUGCUGCUACGGUGCUCAUCCGUCCGGAUUCUGACUUGUUUAUUCUGUGCGCAAACUCUCUGAAGAAGGCAUUCCUGUCCAAGAACAAGUACGACGUGGGUCUGGCCCUGGACUGCUUCAGCAUGAUCGUCACCGAAGAACUGGCGCACGACCUGCUCCCCGACAUUCUCACUCUGCUCAACAGCAAGCGUGCGUUCGUUCGCCGCAAGGCGGUUUUGUGUUUGUUCCGGAUCUUCAAGCAAUACCCUCCCGCUCUGGAGGAGUCCUACGACAAGCUGGUCAAUCUGCUGGUGGACAGCGAUAUCUCGGUGCAGAGCAGCGCGGUGAGCGUGAUCACCGAGCUGGCGCGCGAGGACCCGUCGCGCUAUCAGAACCUGGCGCCGACGAUCUUCACGCUGCUGCUGAACGUGGAGAACACGUGGGUGCUGAUUAAAGUGAUCAAGCUGCUGAUGAACCUGGUGACCGAGGAGCCGCGGCUCGCGAAGAAGCUGCUGGACCCGUUAGUGAACGUAGUGCGCACCGCGGAGACGAAAUCGCUGCUGUACGAGGCGAUGAUGGGCGUGACGCAGUGCCUGAUCCACAUGCCGGUCAAGGUGGGCAGCAAGCUGGAGAAGGAGAUCCACAAGGUCACCGAUCUGCUCAUGGUCAAGUUCCUCGAGUUCGUCCAGGACGCCGAUCCCAAUCUCACCUACCUCGGCCUCUGCGGACUGCUCAAGCUCGUGGAGGUCGCGCCCGCCGUGGUGGCGCGGAAGUCCUUCGUGUACGUGGAGUGCCUGAAGGCGAACGACAGCACGAUCCGCGCCAAGGCGCUGGGCCUGGUGAAGGCCAUCGCCAACGCGAAGAACCUCAAGAACCUCGUCGAGGACCUCGUGAAGUGCCUCCGCGCCGGCGUGGAGUUCGAGAUGAAGGAGGAGAUCCUCCAGAGCAUCGUGGAGAUGUGCUCGCGCGACACCUACGCCAACACCCAGGACUUCACCUGGUACGUCAGCGUCCUCGUCGACCUCGCCCAGACCCGCGGGAGCAAGCAGGGCGCGCUCAUCAGCGGCCAGCUCGUCGACGUCGCGCUCCGCGUCCCCGCCAUCCGCCUCUACAUGGUCAACUCCGUGCUGCCUCUGCUGCUCCAGCCCGACCUCGUCUGCGAGUCCAUGCGCGACGUCCUCAUCAUAUCCUUCCUCCACCAUCCCCGCGGUUCCUUCACCCCACGGCGCCGCCUGGGUCGUCGGCGAGUACUCCGGCUAUCUCCAGCAGGACCAGAUCGUCAACGUCUUCGCCUCUCUGGUCUCCCCCGCGGUGAUCUACCUCCCGGUCCGCGUGCAGGCGACGUAUCCCCGCGGGGCGGCGUUACCGGUAGGAUCCUGCAGGCGCUGCUGCAAGUGUCGCUGCGGUUCAUCUGCUCGCUGGGCUCGGCGUCGGAGCAGGCGAGCAAGGUGCGCGAGUCGGUGAUCGCCCACGCGGAGCAGUUCCUGGGCAGCGAGAGCGACGAGGUGCGCUACCGCGCGACGCUGCUGAUCGAGGUGCUGCGCGUGACGGCGUCGUUCGACAACCAAGUGAUCGCCAUCGAGAAGCGCGACAGCGUGGCGCAGGAGAUCGAGCAGAUGAACUCGGCGCGCCAGGCGAUGUCCUCGCUCAACGAGAAGGCCGACACGCCCGUCCCCGCGGAGAGCGACACCGAGAUCAACCUCGCCGCCGCCAUCGACGCCGGCGACGCCGAGACGCCCGAGGAGCCCGCGGCGGAGGACACGCCCCGCGAGGAGCUCGCGCUGACGCCGGUGGACCGGAUGGAGGGCGAGGGAAUCCACCAGCUGUCCGAGCUGCUGGACCACCUGACCGCGGAGCUGCUGCCGGUGAGCGCGAAGGCGCAGCGCAAGGUGAAGAAGCCCGAGGGCCUGGACCUGGACACGCCGCUGGCCAGCUUCGAGCUGGAGAAGCCCAUCGAGAGCUUCCGCACCGUCAGCUUCGUGGACGGACCGCUGUUCAGCUACGAGAGCGCGGCCGAGCCGGGCCGACAUCGACAUCAUCGCGGCCACCGCUCGCAUCGGCGCGAGAAGAACGAGUUCUAUCUGGACGCGAAGGAGGAGGAGGAGAGCGAGGAGGUGCCGAACCAGGAACUCACGCUGGAGGACGUCGGAGUCCCCGUGGUCGUCGGAGAAGCCGCCGAGAAGAGCGAGGAAGCCGCCGAGGACGCCCCCGCCGCGCAGUUCCAUGUGAUCCGAGAUGAGGAGGAGGAAGCGAAGGCGAAGAGCAAGGAUAAGGAAAAGGAAAAAGAAAAGGAAGGAAGCGGAAGACAUCGAAGCCAUCGCUCGCACAGACAUCGGAGAAAUGGAGAUGGUGAUGGAGAGGAGGCCAAGGAAGAGGCAGAGGAGAAACCGAAGGAGGAAGGAAGCCAUAGACAUAGAAGACACCAUCAUUAG